AUGAACGGUUGUGAGGCACGACACAUUUCAGCCGAUGACUUAGUUGACUUGGACGUGGCCGCAUCAAACUGGAAAAAAGGCGAGGAAUCAGAUCAUCAUCAAAGUGGAUACGAUAAACAUGGGAAGAAAAGUGAAAAAGGCUACGAUGAGAAGCACGGAGAAGAAGGCAAGAAGAAAGGUCACCAUGACAAGGCGACAGAAGAAGGUGAAUAUGAACAGAAGAAAGGUCACAAAAAGAAACAUUCCGAUGAAUCUGGAUAUCAUUCGAAAAAAGAGGAGGGAAAGAAAGGGGAGAAAGGCUUUAAAUUCUACGAAGAAGGAAAAUUUCGAAAAGGUCAUUCAACUAAAGGAUCACAUGUCAUUCAUAAGUUAGAUGAAUCCGCAAAGAAACAAGACUUUUUUGAUGAAGAUUAUGACGGCGCAUACGAUGAGAAACAUGGCGAUUUUCACGAAAAAUUCGGAUCGAAAAAGGGUGACUCGCACAAAAAGGGACACUUCAACAAGUCAUUCGCAGAGAAAGCAGGAGGGAAAAAGGGCUAUGGCCAAAAAGGACACCAUCAUUCUGACGAAUCAGGUUACAAAUCGGCAAAAGGUGAUGAAAACCACUACGAUCACAAAAGUGAAACAGCGAAAAAAGGCGGGAGUAAGAAGGGUGUAAAAUAUGGUCACAAAAAAGGCAGCCACUGA